UCAUAGUUAAUGGUAAAAACUAAAUGGAGAGGUAAGGGAAGAUCCCGCCCCAACGUCUCUAGGAGGGGUGAGAGCGAGACUGUCAGAGCUGGAGAGAGUCACAGUGUGGGUAGAGAACGCCGAAAAGUCCAGGACACAACAUACAGUGGAUGUUUGGAGGAAAAUACUUAAGUGAUUGGAAACUUUUAAUGGGGCGAGGACAAGAUAUGGACUUUUGACUUCACGUCGAAGACAAUCCAUUUUUGGCAAUCACACAUUUUGUACCAGCGCAUCGUUACGCAGGAGAGGAAAAGACCUUCCAAGUUCUGCAAAUCUCGCCACACCACCAGGAUGUUUAGAUGAGACCAGUAGCCUAACUCCAAAAAGGUACGACAAGUCAGUGUAGCUGUGGUGAAGAAUAAUAGACCAACUGUGCAGAGACUGUACUUCGCCAGUCGAGUACUGCAGGUCCUUUGAGAGGCUUUAAGAUGCCAGUUGUGACCCUGCCAGGUUGAGCAGCCUUGCAUCCCUCUGCUGUGUCCAGUGCUGUGGCGCCCUCUGCUGUGUGACUGAGGAAGGCCAGGAAGGGCAGGCAGUAUGGGGAACAUACUGGAGGAAGGGAUGAAUACUGACAUCGUCAGACACUACAACCACUCAGGGAAGUGGGACCGGCCUCGCACCAGCGGGGCCUGUAAGAUGGCUGUGCUGCUCUUCAUCUGUGUGCUGAUUGUUCUGGAGAAUGUUACGGUCCUGCUCGCUCUCUGGAGGAACAAGCGCUUCCACAGCCGCAUGUACUUCCUCAUUGGAAACCUGGCACUGUCAGACCUGCUGGCUGGUGUGGCCUACGUGGUUAACAUCUUUACCUCAGGACGCAACACCUUCUUCCUGACACCAGUGCAGUGGCUUGCCAGAGAAGGGAGCAUGUUUGUAGCCCUCAGUGCAUCCACGUUCAGCCUUCUGGCCAUUGGAAUUGAGAGGCACAUGACUAUGGUGCGUUUGCGUCCAUGUGAGACAGCAGGUCGGGGGAGACUUUUAGGACUGCUGGCGGCCUGCUGGCUUGUGUCAGUGCUGCUCAGCGCCCUGCCCAGCCUGGGCUGGAACUGCCUGAGCAAUCUGGCCUCCUGCUCCACAGUGCUGCCACUCUAUGCUAAGAGUUAUGUGGCCUUCUGCAUCAGUGUGUUCAGUGCCCUGUUGGUGGCCAUCAUCAUCCUCUACAUCAGGAUCUACCGCCUGGUAACCUCUAGCAGCCGCAGGGUUAGUAGCCGGCCUUCAGAGCGCUCACUGGCCCUGCUGCGGACAGUGGUUAUUGUUCUUGGCGUGUUUGUCAUGUGCUGGACCCCCCUCUUCCUCCUGCUGCUGCUGGAUGUUGGUUGUAGCCCAGAUAAGUGCCCUGUGCUCUACCAGGUGGACUGGUUCAUCGCCCUGGCUGUGCUCAACUCUGCCCUCAACCCUCUGAUAUACACUUUGUCCAGCAGGGAGAUGAGGGCGGCUUUCUUCCGGCUGCUGUGCUGCUGUCAGGCCAGUGUGGAGUCCACAGGGACUCCUGUGGUGGGCAACCCCCACCUUGGCACAGUCAUCCCCACUGCUGAGAACAGCAAGACCAGUUUUGGUGGAGGAGGGGGCAGUGGGGCUGGCAAGUCCACGCUGAGUAGAGCGAAGGUUCCCCCACCUAUGAACUCUGACAACAAGCAUGGGGGUCCCUCAGCCACCGCUGUGCCCCAUCCCUCUGGACCUGCAGACCUGCUCUCAGCUGUGCUCGUGAAGGCGGGGGCGCUGCCCACCCUCAGCAAGUUCUGAGCGGAAGCACCUUAAUGAGGCUUUACAGUCAUACAGAAAUAGACAUAACUGACAUAAUCCUGCUAUCAGCCACUUUUUGUUUAUGCACGUUGGCCAGUGUAGCACGGAUAGGAUGAAGGAAUGAUAUUCACCGGGAACCUAAUAAAUGCAGAUGGCAGAUUAGAGUACAACCAAAAUCAUUUAAAGCCACUACUUACAACAACUCAACAAUAUUAUUCACAACAUCGGAGUAACGUAUAUGUUGUGUUUGUUUUACACAAUGAUUAAUGUUGACUUUUCAAAACUAUGAAAUACAAUAGAACAAUUUCAUGGACAUGGACUAAACCAAGCCCCAAAAUAAAUUUCUUGGCUUAAUUCAUGUCUGUGAUACUUGUGUUGGUAAUGUUUCAAGCAACAACAGAGUAUAAUUAACUUUAUUAGUGUUGUGUCUGUCAAUGUGUUUAUUUUUUGUUUUGUCAUAAGCAGAAAAGAUCAAAUUGCAUGUACUAUAUGCAAGUACUGCAUUUCCCAUCACAACUUGACUUGGUAAACUAUUUAUUUUCUGUGAAAACAUUUGCCAUCUUAAUACUUUUAGUAUAAUUUUUUGGACUUGAAGAGUUUGUGUGCAUAAAAACCCAUCACGGUACUAUGACUUUAUUAUUGAUUUUGUUAUGAUUUGAGGUGAGGUGCUGUGAGAGAAAAAAGACCAAAAGUUUAUUUGUCAGACUAGUGGCCUCAUGAGGCUGUGAUGCUCAUUACACACCAGAAAACAAAAUUGUUGGAUGAAUGAAAAAUGGAGAGACAAUAUUGCCAUUAUUAGAUUCUUACCACCACUAGUGGGCAAGAACGAAAAGAUUGUCCUGACGGUGGAGCUACAGGAAGAGCCAUGUUUUUUUUUUCUAAAUCAGUAGAGUUCAACUUCUCUACAGUGGCCAUUUUUGGACAUUUCAGGCUGCUCUACAUUACCACAACUGACUCACGUUUCAUUGGUCUAAGCUCUACUUUGUCAGUAUCAGCUGCACUGUGAGCUGAAUUAACGUGGCUAAUAACUACACUCAUGGACAUUUUUGCUUCUCAUCAGCACAUCUAGAAACCACUCACAUGUAACCUAACCACUAGUGAAUAAGAGUGUUGGAUGUGAAUUAUUUAAUGGUGGUAGACUGUAAAUUACAUUUCUGCCUAGGGUGGUGCAGUGCCUGAUACCAUUACAUAGCAAAUAAAAUAAAAUCCUAUUCCCUUUUA